GGAGCUCAUGGCUGGUGUGCGUGUGCGCAGCCCGCCUCCAUUCAGUGUGCGUUGAGCGGUGCUGUGAGUGAGGUUCUACCGCUCCGCGUUUGUGUUGUCGAGUGUCAGUUGCAAGGUUGACCUUGAUCAUGCCGACCGUUUCCGGUAGCGGUGAGGAGGUCGAGUCGCAAGAUGAGGUCAAGGUCUUUAAAUACGAAGGAGAUGAGGAGGAGAGUGAGAAGCGCUCCUCUGAAAACUUAACAGAAGACAAAAGCAGUCUCAUCACUGAAACGGAAGAGAAUAAGAGCACUCACGUCCCCUCCUCCUCCUUCGCCCUGGCGUCCAAGAGCGAUGGACGUCUCCCCGAGACCUCCUCCCCUUUCGGCCUCUUCGGAGCUUCGGCCUGGGGAGCCGACCGUCUGGGUUAUUUAUCUCCCUUCGCCUACGCCUACACCAACGGCACUUCAGCAAUGGUGAGUACUCAUUUCUGCAACUUAGUAAACUAUUUUGUUUUACCUGUCUUUGUCCACCUCUACACUUUUUUUUUCGUUAUGCCUGUGUCGAUCUUUGAAUUUUUUGUUACAUCUGUGUUGAUAUGUGAUAUGGUUUUGUUAUACCUGUGUCGAACUCUCCAUUUUUUUUGUUAUAUCUGUGUCAACAGGUGGACUAUUAUUAUUAUAUCUGUAUCGACGACUGUACUCUUUGUCAGUGCUUGGAUGCUUUGGAAGGGCUCUUGAUUCAAGGAACUUCAGCUACCCACUUCUUCCAUAGAUGAUACCUGAGUACUUCUCCCAUAGAUGAUACCUGAGUACUUCUCCAUAAAUUUUUAAAGGGGUGGACCGGUAAACCAGCGGAAGGCCUCGGUCAGAUGACCAAAAACAGCUUCAGGUCAUCACGUGACUAUGACCCGCUUCAGGAAACACUUGUUCUGUUUUCUAGGAAACCUAACCUAACCAAACCAAACCUACCUCCCGUUUCCCCUUUUAAGUCUUAGCGGCUUAAUACCUCCUCACGAAUAUGAUGAAAUAAGCCAGUUGUCGACGACAGUGCCAGUAUUUACCUCUAAUUAAUACAGGAGAGGAAAAGAAUAUUGUGACCACUUUACUACUGAAAUCAUAGGCACAGACAAAGAUACGUGGAGAAGAUAAAACAGAAGAUAAUAAGAAUGUUCUAGAUUUCUUGUUACAGCUGUUACACCAUUCUGUAUGAUACCCACAUUGUGGGUACACCUGCAGUAACCUGCUACACUGUUAAGAUACAUUGUGAGAGAGCACGCAGUGUCUUGCUACACUAUUUUAUAUGGUAGUUAUAUUGUAGGUGAACAAACAUUUGUUAAAUUGUUCUGUAUGAUAGGGUGUUGGCAUGUUUGCUACACUGUGAUAGUUACUGAUUACAAGCAAUGCUUUUACUGGGUAUCAUUAUUUGUAGACGUUUCGCCAUCCAGUGGCUUUAUCAGUACAAUAUAAGGACAUUAUGUGAAGAAUGUAGAAUUAUAUACAAAAGAUGAGGUGAUCUCAUCAUUUGUAUAUAUCAUUAUUUCCAUUGGAGUCCUUGUAGCAUCUUAUUAUUUAAAGUUAAAGCUAAGGGGUGUAGGUGGUGAAGGGGAAGUGCCAUGAUAUAACUGC